CUGGCAGGUCGCAUAAAACCUAAACCCCUCCCCUCGCCGCCCCCCUCGCGUCCUUUCUCUUGCUAUCCGAGCCGGACCUUCCGCGCCGCCGUUGGCGAUGGAUGCGCUAUCGCCUCUGGUUCUGAAGCGAAGCUACCGCUGCGUGUCGUCGCUGCAACAGUUCUACGACGGUGGAUCUUUUGCUGUGUCCUUCGACGGCUCCUUCCUCGUUUGCUCCUGCGGCGACGAGAUAAAACUCGUGAACUCGUCCGAUGCCUCCGUCUUAGGGAGUCUUGGCGGGUUUUCGGAGUCUAGUACUUCCUUCACCUUGAGCCCUGAUGACAGGUUCCUUUUCACUGCUGCCGACAGCCGUCAAAUUCGAGUUUGGGAGCUCUCCUCCCGUAAGUGCAUUCGUUCGUGGAAGGGACAUGAUGGUCCAGUAAAGAUCAUGGCAUGCCAUUCUUCUGGUGGAUUGCUAGCUACAGGUGGAGCAGACAGAAUGGUUUGUGUAUGGGACGUAGACGGUGGAUUUUGCACACAUUUUUUCAAAGGUCACCGGGGUAUUGUGACAUGCAUCAAAUUCCACCCGAACCAGUUACUUUUGUUCUCAGGCGGUGAUGAUGCUACUGUUCGUGUUUGGAACUUGCAAUCUAAGAAGUGUGUUGCAGUGCUGGAAAAGCACUUCUCACCGGUUACCUCAUUGGCAAUAUCUGAUGAUGGUUCGAUUUUGCUAAGUGCUGGAAGAGAUAAGGUCGUGAACAGAUGGGACCUGCAAGAUUAUAGCUUCAAGAUGACAAUACCAACAUAUGAAAUGGUGGAAACUGUUUGCAUCAUUCAAUCUGGUGAUGUUUUUUCUCCCUUUUUGGAAGUAAGCAAUGGUAAAAAUACUAGCUCUUCAGAUCCAGUUCAUUUUUUGACUGUUGGUGAACGUGGGAUUGUGCGUAUAUGGAGCUGUGAAGGUGCUAUUUGUAUAUAUGAACAACCCUUGAGCCCUGGUGAAGGUGACUCUGGAAGAGGAUUCUUAUCAGCUGUUUUCUUACCAUCGGAUUUAGGGUUACUCUGUGCAACUGCUGACCAACAGUUUCUCUUCUUUUCCCCUACUAAAUCUGCCCAAGGAACAUUUCAGUUGCACUUGUACAAAAGGCUUGUAGGCUACAAUGAAGAAAUUCUUGAUAUGAGGUUCUUAGGUGAUGAUGAGCAGUACCUUGCUGUUGCUACUAAUUUGGAGCAGGUGCGAGUAUAUGAAGUUGCAUCCAUGUCAUGCGCUUAUGUUCUCGGAGGGCAUACAGAAAUUGUUGUCUGUAUUGACACUUGCAUUUCCUCUACUGGGAAGACAAUGGUGGUAACAGGAAGCAAGGAUAAUAGCGUGCGAUUAUGGGAUGUUGAGAGAAAACAAUGUGUAGGUAUUGGUAAAGGCCAUAUGGGAGCUGUAGGAGCUGUGGCUUUCUCUAAGAAAUUGAAGAAUUUUUUUAUUAGCGGCAGCAGUGAUCGCACGAUUAAAGUAUGGGCUUUUGAUGGAAUCUCUGAGGAUUCUGAUCUGGAGAUUGCACUAAAAUCAAAGUCUGUCAUAGCUGCACAUGACAAAGAUAUCAAUUCUCUCGCCGUCUCACCAAACGACACCCUAGUUUGCAGUGGUUCUGAGGAUCACACUGCUUGUAUAUGGAGGCUUCCUGGCCUAACUUUUGUUGCUGCUCUUAAAGGGCAUAAGAGGGGAAUUUGGUCAGUGGAGUUCUCUCCUGUAGAUCAAUGUGUGCUGACUUCUUCUGGUGAUAGAACAAUUAAGAUAUGGGCUGUUUCUGAUGGUUCAUGCUUAAAAACAUUUGAAGGACAUACUUCAAGUGUAUUGCGAGCCUCAUUUCUUUCACGCGGAACUCAAAUUGUUUCAUGCGGUGGGGAUGGCUUAGUUAAACUAUGGACAAUCAAGUCAAAUGAGUGCGUUGCAACCUAUGACCAGCAUGAAGGGAAGAUUUGGGCAUUGGCUGUUGGGAAGAAGACAGAGAAGCUUGCAACUGGAGGCACUGAUGCUGUCAUAAAUUUUUGGCAUGACUACACAGCUGUAGAUAAGCAGGAAGCCUUCCUCAAAGAGGAAGAAACAAUUUUGAGAGGCCAAGAAUUGGAAAAUGCUUUGUCAGAUUCUGACUAUGCUCGGGCAAUUCAACUUGCAUUUGAACUUCGCAGACCGCAGAAGCUCUUUGAUCUAUUUUCACAUCUUUGCAGGAGAAAGGAUUCUGAAGACUCAAUCAGGAGAGCUCUUAGUGGUUUUGGGAAGGAAGACAUAUGUGUUCUUCUUGAAUUUGUACGGGAAUGGAAUACGAAGCCCAAACUCUGUCAUGUUGCACAAGUUGUGCUUAAUCAAAUUUUUAGAAUCUUUCCUCCGACUGAUAUUAUGGAGGUCAAAGGUGUUAGCGAACUUCUUGAGGGUCUCAUACCCUAUUCCCAAAGGCAUUUUAGCAGGAUUGACAGGUUAGUCAGGAGCACCUUCUUGUUGGACUACAUUUUAACGAGGAUGUCCGUGCUAGAUCCUGAAGCUACAAUUAUGGCAAACAAUGAUGACCAACAAAAUUUGCCACUAGAGAAUGGGAAGCUUGAUCAACACGAUGAUCAGUUAGGCUCCGAAUUAUGUGAGAGUGAUGCCAGAGUUGAUUCACUGAUCCAUACACAGGAGGAAAUAGCAGUCUCAAAGAAAAGGAAAUCUAGUAAAUCAAAGAAGGGAUCUGUUAAAAAGGGCAAGUUUUCGUUGAACAAAUGCAAAGAAGCAGCUCAGGUCUCUUAGAGUGGAUCAAUGCUAUUUGUGGCAGCAAAGGAUAUGAGUUUUUCUGGCAAACGUUUUUGACUCCAAUUGUGAAAGGGGGAAAAAAUGGUCUAUUGAACAAAUCAAGUUGCGAAGCACACAGACAUCUCUCCCAAAGCAAAGGAGGCACGAGUGAAUGCUGGUUCCGUCUCAUUACUUUCCCCAUCUCACUAACACGGAGGCCUAUUAUCUAAAUAGCAAUUUUGUAGCGUUUUUUGUUUUUCUAUUUGUAAUACUAAUUGUGCUCCAAACUCUUGUAUUCUAGUUUUCCAUUAUUUACGAGUUCAAUAUACUAUCGUUUAAA